UCUGCUGACGUUUCUCUCGCAAGGGAGAGAAGUCCAGAUAAGGAGAUGGUGGAUCUCACCGAGGCUCACAUGGAGGUUCCCGAAGCUGAGAAGGAGGUCCCUUCUGCUGAGAAGGAGCAACCCGAGCAGGGUCUGACGAGGAAGAGGCGCCACUCGACCUUGGGCUCUACUUCGACCUCGGCCCUGGAUAGACUGAUCCACGCUGACCCUUGCUCGGAUGUUCCGCUGAAACGGAUCCCCGAGGAGGUAAGGGAGGCGAUGGCUCGCUAUGCUAGGGCUCCGGUUUUGGGGGAGAACCCCAUGGCUCACGUGGGAUCUUUGGUGGGUCCCGAAGCUGCACGGGAGAAUCUUCUUCGGGCCAACCCGCAGUGGAGGGUUCCUGGAGCUGAGGAGAGGAACCCAGCUAUGAUGGCUCAGUAUUAUCUGAAUGAGGCUGUUUUCUGGUCCUCGUUCGCUUCCGAGUGUAGCUCGGUUGAGGAGAGGCAGUUGAGGAGGUAUCAGGAGGCUUAUGCUCGUGAUAUCCCUGUCUUGGACCAGAAGGCUGGGCAGCUCAUGGCCGAGAUGAAGCUCAAAAUGAAGUUACCGGUUUCUAGUAUUUUAGUCCGAGCCCUAGCUCUAAUGCUCAUAUUAGCACUAAGCCAUUUGAGUCAGUGUCAUGCUUCUGGUUGGAAACAAGCCCGAUCUAGAUCAGGGCGUGGUCACGGUCACGGUCACGGUCACAAAUCCUAUGGUUCUGGUCAUGGUUACAAGGGUCGCCAUGUGGGUCGUGGUGGAAGUAACAAGCUAAAGCCCCCUAGAUAUAGUCCACCUAACCAUCCUCCUACCCCCUCUACCCCUACUAGACCUUCUGGUCGGUUUCUAUAA